AAAGAGCUAUGCCAGAUAUUAGAAUUGCACGUCAUCUCGUAUCCAGCUGCAUAACCAGUAAAAAUAAAUAAUAUAAUAACAAUAAUGGUUGAUAAUAACAACAAAAUAUUUUGGUGAUAGAUACACCCUGUCAAACAACCAAGUCACUAAUAAUAUUUAUUAAUUAAUACUACUUUAAAUAACAACUUUCAACAAUAAACAUUUAUUUUAUUCAUUAAUGAUAAUGCUAAAAAUUAUAUUAAUCAUUUGACACAUUGUUUUAUCCUCACAAAUUAACAAUUAUUGUUGCUCAAAAUAAAAUACUUGAAUAUAGCUUAACAAAAUAAAUAAUUAACAUUAUAAACAAAUAAAAAAUGUUUAUUGUUGGAUUAACUGGUGGUAUUGCAACUGGUAAAAGCACAGUUUGUGAAGUAUUUCGUGAACAUGGAAUUCCAGUUAUUGAUGCUGAUGAUGCUGCUCGAAAAGUUGUUGAACCAGGUAAACCAGCUUGGCAUAAAAUAAAAAAAGAAUUUGGUGAUGAUGUUUUUCAAAGUGAUGGACAUCUUGAUCGUGUUAAACUUGGUGAUCAUAUAUUUAAUGAUAUUGAAAAACGUAAAAAAUUAAAUGCAAUAACACAUCCAGAUAUAUAUAAAGAAAUUAUUUGGCAAGCAUUUAAAUAUUUUUUUCAAGGACAUUCAUUUAUUGUUAUGGAUUUACCAUUGCUUUUUGAAACUGGUAAAAUGCUUGGUUAUUUGUAUAAAAUUAUUGUCGUCACAUGUGAGGAGGAUUUGCAGCUACAACGAUUGAUGGAAAGAUCUGGCUUUACUGAAGCCAAAGCCAAAUUACGUAUAUCAGCACAAAUGCCACUUGAUAAAAAAAUUGAAAAUGCAAAUUUUGUUAUUGAAAAUUCAAGUAGUCAACAGGACAUGAGAGAACAAACAGUAAGAAUUAUAAAUCUUCUCAAAUCAUCAAAACAUCAUUGGCGAUUGAGAUUUAUUCUUGGCUUAUGUUGUACAGUACUAUUGGCAAGUACAUACUGGCUGAAAAAUAAAACCAAAGGAUCAAUCACAAUGUCCUGAAAACGACAAUUAAAUUAACAAUAUAAAUUUAUGAAUAUUAAAUUCAUUUUGUUUUUUUUUUUCUUUUUUUUAUCAUGUCAUUUGAGAGUUGCUUCUUUAUUUCUCAGUUGUUAUUUCAAUUGAGUUUAAUUGAUUGUUGCAAUUGUAUGCAUUUAAAACGCGUUGAUGAUAAAAAAAGUUUUUAUUAUUUUGUCGUAUCAAACAUAAUCCUGCUG